UCAGCUACACCAUCCUCUCUGUCAAACAGGAGAGAAUUAUGGAGGAGCUGGAUGAUGAAGCCAAGAUCCACAUCAUCAGAGGACCUCGGACCGGAGCCAACUCCUGACGACGCUGACCAUAAACUAUCCUGGAAUCACUGUUCCCUCAAUGCAGGGCAGGGGAUCUGUGUGUGACUUCCAUAGUGUGUAUGGUGACAUACUAACUUACAUACUACUCUAAUUCAUAUGAAGACACCACAGAUUCUUUCAUUGAUUAUUUUCUGUUUGGAAAUACAUCAAAUCUGUUGGAACUGUUCAUUUCUGAACUCUUUUCUGCAUUAAGGUAAACCUACUGUGAAUCAAGCUCGACAUGUUGUGGAAAAAAUGCUGUGCUAAUGCUAUGUACAGGUCCAUAACUUCCAAAUCAAUUACUAAUCAUUUCUAAGACACUUCCUCAAAGAACUCUUUAAUUUGGUACUAAUUAUUACUAACUUAUUAUUGUACAGAAACGGUGUUCAGUUGGUAUAUUUCCAAUAAAUUAAAUGUAAUUUGUGAUCA